GCUUCCGGUUUUACGUCACAAAAGAAGAAACCAUAGUCGAAGUCAGCUGUCAAAUCGUCACACAUAGUUUUACUUUCCGCAUUUUAACAGGAUGAAGUUCAAGUUUAGGGAAGAGCACACAUUCGAACAAAGAAAAGCAGAAUCAACAAAAAUAAAAGAUAAAUACCCAGAGAGAAUACCUGUGAUAGUAGAAAAAGAUCCAAAGUCUCACAUACAAGAUAUAGACAAAAGAAAAUUCCUUGUACCUAAUGACAUUUCUGUAGCUCAGUUUAUGUGGAUUAUCCGAAAAAGAAUUCAACUGCCAUCGGAGAAAGCUAUCUUCUUGUUUGUUGGCAAAGUCUUGCCACAAUCCAGUGCAAGCAUGGGACAAGUUUACGAAGAACAUAAAGACGAUGAUGGUUUCUUAUACAUUGCUUAUAGUGGAGAAAAUACAUUUGGAUGUUGAUUUUAUGACUUAACCAAGGACCUUCCUGGAACGAUAAUAAAUUAAAUGUGAAAAUUUUGGAAAAAUUACUUUUUGGGAGAUUUUCAAUGGAAUGUCAAAUAUUUUGUUGCAGUUAUUCAAAUAUUGACAAUUUUGAAAUAAAUGUCAAAAAUUAUGAAACAUGUAAAAACUCUUUUUCAAAAAAAAUUUGGUAUUUCUAAAGUGUAACAUUGAACGUUGUCAUUUACCCAUUUUGGAAUAAUUUUUAAGAAUAAUAAUUUCCUGAUAUAUAUAUACUACCUGUAACAUAAAAUGAAGAAAGUUUCACAUUGGUUUUUCCGUGUUAAUUCUAUUGUGCUAGGCAUUCGAAUUCACCAGAUCAUACUUUAGAAUCAAUGUGUUUGGUAUUGUGAAGCUAGAUUAUUUUUGACAGAUCCACCUGUAUAAUACAUGUAUAAGAAAUGACACUAGCCAUGAAUUUUUGUUAUUUAAUUUUAUUAGAUCAAGGGUGUUUUAUGUACUACCAGUGAAUCAUAAGGUAUUAUGGGUAUUUUUCAUUAUAUAUCAUAUACAAUGUAGGCUACUAUUUCGUGACAUAAUUUAUUUAACUGAACAACAUGAUACAUGUGAUGCUUUCGUAUAACUUUUUCAAGUACCAGCUAUAAACAUGAUAAAACCAACAAGUUUAUAACCUAAUUUAUUUAGAAUUGGCUGCUGAAAAACAGUAUUAAUUGUGUUUUCUGGACAUUCUGCUGCUUCUAGUAUGAACAGUUUUUAUUUAAACAUUUUUUUUUGUGAAUUUUUAAGAAAAACUUGGGACAUACUCAAGAAUGUAAUUGUUUGAAAAAAAAGUGCACAGAAACUGACAAAUACAAAUCUUUAUGAUUAGAUUAAGAAAGUUUGAUCAAAAACAAUUGUAAUUUCACCAUACAAAUAGUUAUUGUGUAUUAAAACAAAUAGGGCAGCCAUUUUCUGUUUUGUACAAUACCACUUUGGUUUUCAAAUUUAGCGUUGCUUUUCUACUUUUCUUCCACUAUAUUGACUGAUUUCAUUGAUAGAACAAGCCGAACUGUACUGUAUAUAUGUUUAUAUAUGUGAUAAUGUGUGAAUGUUGUAUGAUAAUAAAUGAAUUUGCACUUUAAAACAAAGUACUUUAAAACAAAAAAAAGAAAAUAGCUUUGCUUUUAUGAAGACGCUUUAUGCCAGAAAAAAAUUAUAAAAACAAACACCACCUUUUUUAGAUGAAAUUUUCAUUGACUAUUUUAAAGUAAGGGACAAUAAUGAUCAACAAUACUAAUACUUCAAAUAUUGUAUGGUCACUGUAUAUCCCAGAUAGUCUAUAUAUGUUUUAAUUUUCAAAGAUUUUAGCCAAGAACUGCAAUACUUGAACCUUAAUUCUUAAUUACAUAUAUAGAAAACUAGAAAUAUGUUUCGUUAUGGAACUUUUAUACUUUUACAUGAAUGUGUUGAAUGUAUAAAUUUUAUUGUGUUAAAUUGUUAAACCUGUAUCAUGAUAAUAAAGUAUGGUGCAAUUAA